AUGGGGAAACGGCCGCGCUCACGCUCUUCGUCGAGCGCGGGGGACGCAAGCACCAGCAACAACAACAAUCUGAACGAUGAGGCGCUUGACGCCUCCUCGGCCGAGGGUAAGACGCCGUGUGGAUCAACGCAGCCCUUGGGCUUAUUCCUCUGGAGUGAGGUGAGCAUGGUGCUGUACGCUGGCAUGCUAAAACAGCUGCAUUAUACCUGCGGUCGACUUGCAAUUGAGCGGUCGCGAGAUGCGCGCUGGGGCCUCAUCGACGGCUUGAGACGGCGUCUUGCGGCGUUUUGGGAGGCUGAGACAACCGCGCUGGAUGCGACAGAGCAGGAGCGUCUCGGUGGGGUCUUUUAUUCGUACGUCAAUGCAAUGUUAGAGCGGCUCGCCUCAUUGGCCGCCACAGACGCGCAAGGCGGUGAUCUUUGUCACGCUUUCCUUCAGGCGCUUGACGUGUUUGGCUUCCCGGAAGAGGAGAACACGGAGGAGGCGCUGCUAGUCGCCGCCAUGCGGAAAAGCGCCGACCCGCACGCGUACUCGUACCACGCGCGGGCAUCACAUAGACUUGGCGUUCUGCCGCGUUACGACGGAGAUCGGAGAGCGGAGGGGCAGCACCGCCUGCCGCGGUUGGGCUGUGUUGUGCAGUUGCCCUCGCCUCACCCCCACUCAGAGGUCAACACGGAGAUUCAGUUGAUUGAGCCAAAGAAGCGUCGUCCCCCACUCGACGAGAAUCGCAUCUUCUUGCACCCCAAAAAAGCGACCUCUUCUGGAAUGGAAGACAUCCUCGUGGAUGAGGAGCUGCGCUACCGCGCUCUCGUGGUGCUUGGGCGUCACCUUGACACCUUUGGUUCUCUGCAACAUUUGUCACCCUUCGUCCGGUUUUUGGUGUGGGACACGCUUGGGCGAGACGACGAGGUGUUUGAGCGGCUAACCGCACCUCCCACGUGUAGUGACGAGCUGCUGGCGUGGCAGCAGGAUCAGCUAGAGUCACUGCGUCGUCUUGUGGCAGAGAAGCGUGCAGUUUUCGACGCCACCCGUGCCGCGGCUAGGGAGACGGCGUUGCGCAUUGGAUGGCGCGCUGUAAGCGCCCACUGGCGCGACCAGGUGCUGCGCGUGGUGGAGGUGGGCGAGGAUGCGGACUGGUUUCUUCUUCGUGACACCGCGAAAACUGGCUCAAAGGCGAUUUUCCCCAACUACGCCCUCUCCCCAGUUAUCAAAGACAUCACCCUCAAGGCGCUGCGACGGGUGCGUGAUGGUCAUGUGGAUUGUGGCGUGGAAGAUGCCGUGGAGUGCUACGAGGUGAUUACAGAUGUGUUGUUCCCGCUGCUUGAGGGGGGUGCGCCCUGCUUGCCUGGGUUCGACGCCAACCAUGGCGCCGCCAGUAACGGUGAAAACUGCGGUGCUGGUGAGCCACAGUCACAGCAAGCGGGGGAGGCGGGGGCGGAGGCGGAGGUGGAAGAGCUGCGGCGGCGUGUGUCGGCCCUCAUGGCGGAGACAGCGGGGUCUGCGUGUGGCGACGCCGAGGUUGCGCGUGCUGUGCGAUGGUGCUUUGACUGUGAAUCGUUGCUUCCGCGCAGCGGAUCGACGUGCGCCUUUGUGAGUGACAUGUUCGUCUGGCCGUUGCAGUGUUUGGCGUCCCUGCUGGAGCUCACGGCGGUGGCGCGCCACUCGGCGGACGGAAUUAAAAAGUUUGCCGCCGCCUUCCUCCCGUCCAACUGGGGCGAUCAGGAGUCCUUGCUGGAGUUUCUCCUGCGACGCGAGCCGACGAAUAUCCCGCUUGCGUCUCUUGUUGGCUUUCCGCGUCUGGUCCGCGACGUGUUUGUUUCGGCACAGUGGCUGCGGAAUGACAAAUACUUUGGCGUUGUGGUGGAGUGCCGUCGACAGGCCUGCGCCCUGCCACCCGGCGCGGCGGCGAACAACUUCUUGCAGUGGCGAGCCCUCGCAACGCUGCUGAGUCGCCUUGACUACGCCGAGGACGUCUUCGCGGUCACCGUGCAUGAGAUGCCGCCAGACGCGGCGGAGCAGGGAAAGCUGUGGGCCGUCGCGGAGCUGGAGUGCACGCCCAAGUCGUGGAUUGAAGGUCUCACGCUGAUGUUGACUGCGGCCGCAGCCCCCGACGAACCCUCCACCUGA